AAGAGCCCAGAGCAGCACCGUUGGAGCUGUGGGAGCAGGGCCAUGGAACAGUACUUCUCAGCCACCCAGAAGAUGGAGCAGGAGGUGAUGUUCCCCAGCCUGCUCCGAGGAGUCUUCCCGCAGGAGAAGGGCUCGGCCUCAGCCCCAGAAGGCAACACAGACCUGUAUGAGCGCUACCAGCAGCUCAAAGCCAUCAAGCCCAUGGUGGAGAAGGGCCUGGCCUCUGUCACCGACCAGAGCCAGAGCAGUGCUGACGCUGACACCAACACCUCCUCAGAUGACAGUGACACUAUGGAUGCUGAGCUGGAGGAGCGCCUGUCCCACCACUUGGCCGGCUUGCAGCAGGUCCUCACCCACCUCACCAGGGACACCAAUGCCCUCACCCGGAGGUACAGCCAGAUCCUGGAGCAGAUCAGCCCCAGCGAGGGGCAGCCCAGCUGGUGACCCUGCCCUGGCAACCAGGAUGGGUGCUGGUGGCAUGCAGAAGAGGACAUCCCCGUGACUGACCAUCGCAGGCUCUUCCCCAGCUCCACUCACCCUCCUGGGGCCAUGGCAGCUGAUGUCCUGCGCUGGCACCGCACAGCAGCGACAGUCGCAGCCACCAGAGAACCAGGUGGUGCCUUAUGCUCACAGGAAGAAGCAUCUGGUCAUGCUGAGGUCCCUCAGGAGAGCCACAUGCCCUGUGCCAUCUUCUUUAUUUUCAAAGAGCAGCACUGAAGGCGGCGCCGUUGUGUGGUGGCCCUGAACUCCCCUGGUCCCCUGCGACUGCCAAGCCCUUGUCCAGCUGGUACCUGGACUCGAAGGGACACCUUCCCCAGCCUUUGCUAAUAAAACAACUUCU